GCUGUAAAAGGGAGGGCUGGUGUAUCUUGUAAAACGGGGGAGGGGCUAGUUUGUGCAACUAUUAUAGCUAGCCUAGAUACUAGAUAAUGGCUAUCACUCUUGCUAGGAGAAAGUCUAGCCUUGCUAAAGGUGCUGUUGGUCGGAGACGGUCCUCUAUGGGCGAGUAUAUACCUCGAGCUGGGGGAAGGCCACUCUCUGCACAAUGUUACCCGACUCCUGGUCCGGGUGACUAUGACUUGCAGGGAGUGGGCACUGUUGGACAGGAUGCACGGAAACCAUCCAUGCACGCGCUUCUGUACCCUCUCAAACUUGACGAGCGACCGAGUCCUACUGAGUAUGACACUAGCCAGGAUGCUGCAUGGAGGCGUGGCAAGAGAGUCUCUCUCACAGCCAAACGAACCACAUGGCCCUACCAGACACGAAAGGAUGCACACUUGACUGAGGGCCCUGGUUCGGGUGGCUACAACCUCCGCACGAAACCAGUUGGUCCCAAGAGAACGAUGAGUGCCCGUCACCGUGAGGGGCUUCACGCUGGAUACCCCAACUUCUUAGUGCAGCCAGUGGACACUCUAGGAUUUGCUACCCCUGGUCCCCCGCUAACUAGACCAGACUCUGUGAGAGGAGCACAACACUCCAUGGGCCUCAAACUGCCGGGGAAGAAGAUGGACACAGUGGGACCUGGACCUGAUAGCUACAUUCUCCCGAAACCCAUACCCCCCACUGCCCUCAUUGGGGAGAAAUUGGACCCCCAGCGACCCCCAGACAACCCCGCCCCCAAUACGUAUACCCUCCCUUCCACACCACAUGAGGGUAAGACAUUCGGACUAAGGAGUGAGCAUCCGUUGAAGGAGAGAGCACCUCCUCCAAACACCUACUCCUUCGAGCAGCCUAGAGCACAGAGUGCACACUUCACACACCGGGCCUUCCCGUGGAAAUCUGAGCAAAGACCUAGUCCUGCCGAGUACAGUGCCACACCCACCGAGAAGACUCCUGAGUACACCUGCAGAGAGAACUGUCUACCAGUGUACCCCGAUAUACUACUGUAUCCUGAGCAUGAGGUGACGCUGAAGCCUGGGGUCGGUGAGUACAACACUGACAGAGACUUUGCAGACAACUCCAACCCCGCCUACUCAGUGGGACUGCCCCUGCCUAUUAAACCAAACAGCAAUCCAGGCCCCAACAAAUACGUAGUUGACCACACUCACCUCUCCACUCUGCCCACCCCCCCUUCGUACACAAUGCGGCCUCGUGUAAAGGGUGUGGUCAAGAAGCCAGGUCCCGGACCAGCCCAAUAUAGUGCCCCUCAAGGCUCGGCUGGCAAAGCAUUCAGCAUGACCCCACGAAGGCAGAGCGGAAAAGGUUUUGCUGGGCCUCCUCCGAAUGCCUACCAGCUCGACACUGGUCUGACUCACAAGGGAGCGGGGCAUAGGGGGCACUCUGCUAGCAUGAAGGGACGUCCCACUCCACUACAGUACAACGGCUUCUCAAGUACUGCUCUUGUACGACUAGCGACUUUGUCUUAGUAACAAUAUUCCCUCAUUGAGUAGUAUAUAAUUAAAUAUAUACCUGCUGAUUUGUGUGUUUUGUUGUGUACAUGUGCAAUUAGCAACGACAAUGAGCAUGCAAAACAGAUUUUUUAUGUCUAUAUAGUUGUGUCCCAACGCCUACUUUAUGUUGGGUGCAUUGUUGCUUUGUGCCUGUGACAGCUGAGCCUGUCCUGCACUAUAUAA